AUUUGUUGGGUUUGUGGUCGCGUUUUUACGUCUGUGGGGUAGUUUGCGAACAAAUUGCAAGUUUUUGAAAAUUUUCAAAAACUUGCAAUUUGUUGGCAAACAAAUCAUACGUGUGUGGGCUACUGCGCAAAUUUUAAGCCAUUUUGCCAUUUCAGUUGCUCUUCAACCAUUGUAACGAAAGGUCGUGUAGUGCACACAAAAAAUGGCAAGCAAAGACUUUAUGAUAGAAUUUUUUGAUGUGUUAAAAAAUGAAAAUGCCAUUUGGCAAACAAAAAGUGAAAAAUAUAAAGACAAAUUAGAAAAACAAAAAUCAUGGGAAAAACUCGUAACAAAAUGGAAAGAGGUUGAUAAAAAUGCUUCGGUGGACCUAGUAAAAAAAAAAUAUAAUUGCCUACGAACAACGUACAGAAGGGAGCUGCAGAAGAUGCGCAAAAGCGAAAGGUCAGGUGCAGGUGCUGAGGAUAUAUACGUGCCGUCGCUGUGGUAUUUUGACCAUCUUAAUUUUUUGCUCGACCAAGAGACACAGUUGGAAGGCAUUUCUACGUUUGAUGAGACGUUUGACGCAGAAAUUGAAAAGGAACCAAAGAAAAAAAAAUUCGAUCCGACAGAUUUUCUAGAAACGGCUGUCGACCAUCUGAAAAAAACUGUCCCAAAAGCAAAUAAGGACGAGGCAGAUAUUUAUGGUGAAGCGUGGGCAGUAACAUUCCGCAAAUUAAGGCCGGAGCAAAAAAUAUAUGCAAAAAAGGUGAUGGACGAAGCCCUUGUGUACGCGCAACUAGGCAAUCUGACGCUACAAAGUUCCGUGAGCCUUGGGCAGCAACAAGUACAACAACAAGUUUACUUGCAAGUGCAACCACGGAAACCUAUGUCCAAUUUUCACCACAACAACCAAAACUCAAAGCCUUACGCGUCUGCUUCCUCAACAUAUUCGUCUUUUUCCGCAAUUUCACCUCAUGGAACACCAUCACCUUCACCAGUUUUAUCAACAAGGCCACCCAGUCGCUUCCACUUUUCGGAUGAAUCGGCAACGCCGUUAUAUGCGACACCAACACCUUCACCUGCUUAUUCAACAGUGUCAUCCCACCACAGCACCCACUUAGAUGAAACCGUGCAUAUAAUACCUGACGAGGUAGUGCCAUCAGAAAAUGCAUUUCAGCAGCUUUUUGACACGUUAGAAUAUGAAUAGCAUUUUUUUGUGUGUUUAAAUCGACUAACCCCCAAAGUAUUUAAUGUAAUUAAUAACUAAAACUGAAUUAAUGAAUUUAUUUAUUUUUUAUUU